UCUUAAGUGUAAAUUGCUCGAUCGCCUUUGCUCGAGAAAAUUUCGUUAAACCCAAAAACCAAAACAACCAAAAAUGAAAUUCUUUAUUCUGCUGGCCUUGGCCCUUGUGGGCUUUGCUGCUGGAGCCCAGCUGCCCGACUCCGCCACCCAGGGACCCAAUCCCCAGGACAUUGCCACUCCGGAGCCGGAGUACAUUGACAUUGAUGAGCCCGCACCGGCGGCAGCUGCUCCUGCCCCUCGUCCUGUGGCCGCUGCUCCUCGUCCCGUCUUCGCCGCCCCCGCUCCUCUGGCUCGUCCUGUGGCCCGUCCCGUGGCCCAGUCUUUCAUCCAGCAGCCCGUCCAGCAGCAGAUCGUCCAGAGGGCACAGUACCUGGCCCCGGUUGCCCAGCAGCAGGUGGUGGUGCCACAGCCGCAACAGCUGGUGGGACACACCUUCAGCAGCAGGGCCGGCUACCAGUACCGCCGUCCAGUCUAUCAUUAACAAAUACCCAAAUCAAAACGCACACAUUAUCACGCACUGAUUCCCACUAUCGAACUAUCCAACUAUCCAACUACCAAACUAUCGAACUAUUUAAACUAUCUUAUAACUAGAACGAAACCAUCAAAGAAACGACCUACAAGAACAAGACAAGAUCAAAAGCAUAAAGAGCGAAGUACAAAGAGACAAAUGAUGUUCUAAAGACAAAGAUCGAAAAACGAAGUAUUCAGUUAUUGUUGAAUUGCCAAGUAAAGUACGAAUAAAUAAACGUAAAUUAUUUGUAAAAAUGAUAAA